UCAACAAUUCUUUAUGUCUAGUCUAAAGACUUUGAUUCAUAGUAACAUUCAAACAGACGAGUCUAACACAUUCUAGUACCACUAUCUCUGAAAGAGCUUUUUAUAUUUUAUAUUAAAAUGCCAAGGCCUUCAACACAUGACUCCAUCUCGAUACAAUUGAGUAACUCAUCAGUUACUUUUGAAGAUGACCAAUGCGAAAAUCUAGAUGAAGAGUUCCUGUAUAAGAAAUGCUUUAGCUUAUCCUCCAACUUAACGAGAGUACAAAGUGUUCUUUUGGACUACAAGCAGUUCAAGGCGGCUCGAACAAUUCAGCGCUAUUUUCACGGAUGGCUAGUUCGCGAUCACUUGAGAAAACUGAAGAAGUCUGCGAUAAUUAUUCAAAAAUGGUGGCGCCGUUUCGAGGCUCAGAGAAAUUUACUCUAUGUUGCCGAAUCCGUCUUGCAGUCGGCUUGUUUGGCCCAUUACGAGACGUCUGCCAUCCUGAUUCAGACCCUCUAUCGGGGCUGGUGGUCGCGAAAACACAUCUAUGACCUUACCAUGCUCAAGAGCGUGCAGAAUACGUUGGCAAAGGACCUCAUUCACACUUUGGUCAAGUACUUGCACUCGACCAAGGAUUCCGAUAUGCUGCCUGGCGUUUACACCAUACGAGACUCGGGCACUUGCCUGAAAACGUUGGAGGAGCUGAUGUCAACAUUUGGCUUUCGAUAUUAUAAUGCCCAAGCUUGCUACAAAAUGAGCAAAACAUUGUCAGUAGUGGCACAGGGCAGAAAAGCGUUUAAGGCCACUUUACAUUUCACGGAUAUACCAUAUCCCGGCUUUAAUGAUCGCGGAUUUUGUGGUGCCCGACAGUAUUCCACCAUGUCCUUGAAUACGAGAGAUCCAGAUCAUUUUGAAUUCAUUCACACAUUUCUGUCCGGUCGUAGGAAAAUAGGCAUGACAAUCACGGCUAAGUUUGAACAAAAAAUGGCCAACCUUGCAGAAGAAAAUCGUUUAAAUAUGUUGAUAAAGAGGGACAACAAGAAAAAGGGUUUUAUGAAACGGGUUUAUCUUGACAUGAAAAACUGGCAUUAUUCAGAUGGGGAUCGAAUUCUUCCCAUCAGAUUGUUCAAAGCUACUGAGAUGUCCGUCGUCCUGGAAAGUGCUCAGAAAACACUGGAAUCAAUUUUCGGUGAACUGGAGCCAUGUGUUUGUCCAACGAACAAUGACAUAUCUUACCUUAUAAAUUCUCUUAAUGAUUCUUAAGGAGUUUGUAAUCUUUGUGUACUUUAUCUUUGUAAACCUUUCGAUUAUUCCGUAAUAAAUGAACCUUUAUGAUAUA